UAUGCCACAAUGAGCACUUUCUUAGAUUAUUCGGUCAUGAGCAGCGAGGGUGGGUCGUGUUCGGUCAGAGCUUUCCACCCAGAUCACGGGAUUACAACUUUCCAGUCGUGCGCCGUCACGGUUAACAACUGCGGCGCGGAUGAGCGCUUCAUGGCGAGCAGGGCUUCCCCGGAUGACCAGCACCAGCCGGGUUCGUAUCAGCCCACCGCGGCGGCUGCGGCGACGGGGAACCUGCAGGGUCUCGCUUAUGGCGCACACCCGGCCUGCGGCUCGGGCUACGGUGCGCAAACUUUCUGCGCUUCUUACAACCAUUACGCGCUCAAUCAGGAAGUAGACGCAGCCGCGGGGUUUCCCCUCGUGUACUCGGGGAACCUUUCCACCUCCGUGGUGCAGGCGCACCAUCGCCAGGGUUACAGUGCGGCCGCCCCGCUGGGUCACUUGCAGUAUGGCCACCCUGCCUACGGAGGCGGACACGAGCAGACCACCCCCUUCCCGGGGUGUUCGAACCCUCUGUCCCCGUUACACGCAGCUCACCUGGAGGGCUGCUGCUCCCCUCUGUCUGAGGGGGCCUCUAACGCGCAGACCUUCGACUGGAUGAAAGUCAAGAGGAAUCCACCUAAAACAGGGCGGUCAGGCGAGUAUGGCUACGGAAGUCCACCUAACACGGUGCGAACCAACUUCACCACCAAGCAGCUAACAGAGCUGGAGAAAGAGUUCCACUUCAACAAGUACCUGACCCGAGCAAGGCGCGUGGAGAUUGCCGCCACCCUGCAGCUGAAUGAGACUCAGGUGAAAAUCUGGUUCCAGAACCGCAGGAUGAAGCAGAAGAAGCGGGAGAAGGAGGGUUUGCUUCCGGUCAAGGCCGUGACCUCCGACCCCGGGAAGCGCCCGCCGGAUAAAACGGACGACGUGGCGUCGGACAAGUCGCUUUCGGCUCCUUCGACGCCAUCGCCGCCUUUGUCCAGCGUUUCGUCCAACGGAGCCGACGCGUACUAA